AAAAAAAAAAGAAAAAAAAAUGGUGGAUACGGAUGUAGCCAUGGUGGUUAUUAGAAUUUCAGUUACCACCCUAACGCAUUCCGUAUAAUUGGUGUAAUAUGAUGAUAUAACAUAGGACCCCAACUAAUUAAUGCAUUACCCUAAGCCCUAGACCUCCAAUUUUGAAUUAUACUCCUAAAUCCCAAAUUGUAGCCCUAACCCUAACCCUAAAUCUCUAAACUACCAAAUUGUAAACCCUAACCUUCAAAUUAAAGUAAAUCUUGAAUGGUUUUUGUGCGAAUUCAUGUGCUUUAUUGUUCAUCACAUCAUAAGUGAUGAUUGACAUUAGUUUUACAUGAUUCGCAUGUUUAAAAUGACGGUUAUGAGACGAGUGCACUGAAUGCACCCAAAAAAGUGAGUGCACCAAAGACGUCACCAUAUAUAUAUAUAUAUAUAUAUAUAUAGCCCUCUACAGUACCCCAGGUGAAAUCCGGGGUACCGCAUACCUUGAGUACGAAAAUGCUAUCUAGAUCUCGAAUUAGCAGGAUUUUUGGGCAUGAUACUAUACCCUAACCCAUAAUGAGUGAACCAUAUAUCCUAAUUAUCUAAAUCAUCAACUAUAAACCCUAAGACGGUGCAUUGAUUUUUUUGCCUAUAUUAGGACGAAUCAUAACCGUCGAUUAUUGUUUCUAAUCAAAUUGAUCUUGGGGUAUAAGAUUUACAGAAUUAAGACCUAGAUUUUGAUCUUUAAGGGUUAGAGUAUAGUAUCGUGUCCGAAAGAUCAGUCAAUUCAAGUUCUGGAUAGCGUUUUAUUACUCAAGGUAUGUGGUACCCCGGAUUUCACCCUGGGUACCGUAGAACUCCCCAUAUAUAUACAUAUACAUAUAUAUAUAUAUGUAUGUAUAUAUGGGCAGUUCUACGGUGCCCAGGGCAAAAUCCGGGGUACGGGUAACCGGGGGCAAGGAAAAUUACCAAAAGCAUCACGAAGCGUUUAUGCUUUAUUAAUUGGACUUCAACCUAACUGUACCCGGUUUAAUGAUAUCGAUUAAGAGGUUAAACCCUAUGGAUACGACCCGCCGCCCUAACCAAUUUCCAGUCUCCCUUCUACGAUCCCUCAUUCGCCUUGGAGGGUCCCCUCUAAGUUCGAAGUUCGAUCAUAAGCUGCCUAUCAAAUCUGAAAUCUCCAACAAAAUCAUCGUUUCGAAACCCAAAUCCUUUUAUUAUUUGAUCCACAUUCGAUUUAGCUCCCUAUCCAAUCUCAAAUCCCCAACAUCAUCAUGUUUCAUACGCCAAAUCUAUGUAUCCACAUUCGAAGAGAAGAUCCCCAUCCAAUAUGAAAUCCUCACAUAAUCAUCAUUUUGAACCCCAAAUCCUUUUAUCCACAAAUCGACGUUUUGUUCAUCGCCAUUUUAUUUCCGUGCGGAAUUUACUCGCCUAUCUCUUUCUAACACGAUUACGGCGACCAUGUCUAUUAUUGUGUUCAUCAAACUUUUCGUUUUCAAAAGAACCCUUGAAAGAGGUUUGCUAACCCUAGGGUUCAUGUCGCUAGUGCUUUGUCAUCUUGUCUUAGCGUUAUUGUCAUUUUCUCGAAACUUCUAUCACUCGGUGAAAUUAAGGUUUCCUGAUAUGCAGUGUUCGUCUCGCCCAGAGGAUUGAGGAAGGAGACGAAGAAGACCUAAUUUGAUUCGAAUCAGAUGGAGAGGUCUCCUUAAUUUGUGUUUAUGUAUUAACGGUGCGUUUAGGACUAAUUCUAGUUGGACUGGGUCUGAUCAUUGAUUUUUGCAGGCUUUUAAAUAACAUUCAGACAUGGGCUUGUACAUGGACCCAUGACACCUAGUUUGUUGAUAAUAGAUACUGAGUUCCGGAUUGUCAUUAGGUUGGGCCUUUGAUAAUUCUCUAUCUCAGUGGCGAUUCUUUGUUUUACUUAUUUUCAUCUGCUUCUGCUUCUAAAAUCCUGAUCAUUCAUUGAGUUCACGCAAUUUAAACAUAAUUCUGUGUUCCAUCUUUUUUGGGAUUUGGUAAAUGCUAGCGUGUCUCUUUACACAUUUAGCGGUACGAGGUAAACUACAAUCCGCCCAAUUUAACUCUUCAUUAAUUGAGAUCCCAUUCCACUCUCUCACCGAUUUCCCCUCUUUAUGCAAUGCACUCGUACAUAACAAACCUCUUGUAGACUAAUUAGAGGCUUGUGGUUAGAUACUGAGUGAGGAUAUUUUUUUAAUUUAUGUUUUGAAACGAAAGUUAGAAUUUCACUUUUGAAGUACCUAUGUACUUUAGUUGGGCAAGUAUUUUCAAAAUGUAAAAUUUUAUCAGCGUAUAGGUAUACGAUUUUUGUAUAAGGUGUUGAUGUUAAAGGAAAUGGUUACUGACUGCUUAGGGUAUUAGGUUGUUGAUGGUAUAGAGUAUAUGGUAUAUGGGUAGGUUAUAAGGUGUUGAUGGUUUAGAGCAUAUGGUAUCGAUUGGUUAAAGGGUGAGGGUAGGUGUUGUCUUAUUUUUUCUCGAUUUUAUAUUUUCUUUAUAUCUGCUUAUAAAUGCUGAUCAUGCCUUAUUACUAAAAAAACGUAGACAUAAUUAUUGUAGCGUGACACAUUUAUCAGUACUUAGACAUAAUUCUUUAUAUCUGCUUAUAAAUGCUGAUCAUUUAUUGUUUGAUUUGAACCUGCGUGUUUUUGCUCCGAAUGAUUUUGUAGUGGCGUGGUAAAGACAAUCCGUCCAAUUUAACUCUUCAUUAAUUCCCCAUUUUCUUUUCUUUUUUGGUAGAAUAAUUACCCCUUUUCCACUCUCUCAGUCCCCGCCGAAGUUGAAACAAUCCCCUGUGAUAUAUUUAUCGUUCAUUUUAACCCUUCACUUAAUAAGAAAGCGAAAUUAUGCAAAAUGGUCAUCAAUGUGAUGUAGCUUAAUUGGUUAAUUGUCCGUUAUUUGCUUAGUCAAUAAAGUAGAGGUUUGUGGUUCGAUACUUAGUGAGUAUCAAUUUUUAAUUUAUGUUUUGAAAAGCAAGUUAUAAUUUUAAUUUAUAAGCGUAUAGGUAUACGAUAUUGUAUAAGGUGUUGAUGGUUUAGAGUACAUGGUAUUGGGUUAGUGUAUUGAUCAUCUCCAUCCCUAAAAUACGAUAUUGUAUAAGGUGUUGAUGGUUUAGAGUAUAUGGUAUUGGGUUAGUGUAUUGAUCAUCUUCAUCCCUAAAAUUGAACAAAAAUUUCUAAACGAG